AUGAGAAUCCCAGAAGAAUCAAGUACCUUCCAAAACUACAUUGAAAGGAACAACGCCGAGCUAAGAAGAAUACACCACAUCAUGCAUAUGGCAACAAGCACAGCUCCCAACAUCAACAAAGGAAUAGAAGAAACUAGAAGGACUCCCUUCACAAACAGAAUAGCAAUCGUAAGACUACACGACGUAGUGAAAAUUAAGUUCCUCGAAUAUUCUAGAAAUACCGACCCGAAAGCCCAUGUUCGAGCUUUCAGGCUCGCAAUAUCUAGGGCACAUUUACACAACGACGAAAAGGAAGCAGGAUAUUGCCGCUUCUUCGCAGAAAAUCUUUUCGGCUCUGCAUUGGAAUGGUUUGUCGGCCUCGAAGGAAACUCCAUUGACAAUUUCACUCGGCUAGUAUCUGCAUUCCUAAAGCAAUAUUUGGUCUUCAUAGAAACAAGAGCCACCAAAGCCAAUCUCUGGAACCUUAGACAAGCACUAUUCGAACCACUAAGAGCUUACAUCAACAAGUUUAGAGAAAUCAAACCCAAGAUUUCAUACAUAAACGAAGGUGUGGCUCUAGCAGCCUUGAAAAAUGGUGUUUGGUUUUCACUCAAAUUCAAGGAGGAAAUGUUAGUCCGAGCUCCUUCUUCGCUCGACGACACGCUACAUCGGGCCUCCUACUUCGCUUCCCAUGAAAAAGAAGUAGCCACCCUAAAAGAAGAGUACAACGCGAACAAAAAAACACAUCAGCAGAAAGAUUCCCGUAACCAAAGAAAUAGCAACUCAUGGACAGCAUUCCUUCGCAAUAAAUAA